UUAGAAAUUCUUAGCUUUGUUUUGUUUUUCUUUUCUUUUUUGAUUCAGACCUCCUCACCCAGGAGGGAAUGGAGAUUAAAGAAAAGAAGAGAACUUCGACUAUCUCCUCUCCAUUAAUGUCAUCUUCUUCGAUGGCUAUCCUCCUGGUUUUUCUCUGUUUCAUUUUUAACUGUCCAAACAUCGCAUUUGCUACCGGCCCCGGCGCUUCCUUCAUUCCCAAAGAUAAUUUUCUCAUUGACUGUGGUGCCAACAAGGAAGUUGGUGCACUCCCUGAUGGGAGAGUUUUCAAAACUGAUGAGCAAUCCAAGCAAUACUUAGAUGCCAAGGAUGACAUUAUAGCAACCGCUACGCCGGAGAUGAAGGCACCGUCGCCAGUCGAUUUGACAGCCAGAGUCUUCCUCCAAGAAGCUACUUACAUUUUUCAAAUGGCAGAGCCUGGAUGGCAUUGGCUACGCCUACAUUUCCUUCCUGUUAAAAGCAAUGACUUUGAUCUCUUGCAAGCCAAAUUUUCAGUAGCUACUGAAAAUUAUGUGUUGCUUCAUAGCUUUAACAUCAACAAUGAAUCCACAUUUGUUCUCAAGGAGUUUCUCCUCAAUAUCACUGAACCAAAACUCUCAAUCAAGUUCUUGCCUAUGAGGAAUUCAGCUGCUUUCAUCAACGCCAUCGAGGUCGUCUCGGCUCCUGUGGACUUGAUUGCCGAUUCCAACGUGGAGUUGUCUCCAGUUGGAACUAUUGAGGGCCUGUCAAAAUAUGCAUUUCAGACACUGUAUAGGUUAAACAUGGGAGGUCCUAUAAUUACUCCAAGAAAUGACACUCUUGGGAGAACAUGGGAGACAGAUGAAGUUUAUAGGACACCGAAAGCUGCUGGUAGUAGUGUGGUUGUUCAGACUAAUAGCAUCAAAUACCAAGGAGGAUUGAAAGAAACAGGCAUGUUAAUUGCUCCUCCAAGUGUGUAUGCAAGUGCAGUUCAAAUGGGAGAUGCUCAAGUUAGUGUACCAAAUUUCAAUAUCACGUGGAAAUUUGAAGCAGAUCCCUCAUUUGGGUAUCUAGUUCGCUUCCAUUUUUGUGAUAUUGUCAGCAAAGUACUCAAUGAUAUCUAUUUCAAUGUUUAUGUAAAUGGGAAAGCUGCUAUAACCAACUUGGAUUUGUCACACAAGCUAGGAAGUUUGGCAACUGCAUAUUACAAGGAUGUUGUGGUUAAUGCUUCCUUGAUUGUAGAUGGACUGACAGUUCAAAUUAGUCCGGCUAAUGUCGAUACCGGUGAUUCGAAUGCCAUUCUAAAUGGUAUAGAGGUAUUGAAAAUAAGCAACUCUGUUAAUAGUUUGGAUGGAGAGUUUGGAGUGGAUGGUAAGUCUGCAAAUGGAUCUAACCGUGGGACAGUUGCUGCCGUUGGGUUUGCAAUGAUGUUUGGAGCGUUUGUUGGGCUCGGCGCGAUGGUGAUGAAAUGGCAUAAAAGGCCUCAGGAUUGGCAGAAGAGGAACAGUUUCUCUUCUUGGUUGCUUCCUGUACAUGCUGGUGAUUCAAGCUUUAUGACAAGCAAGACUUCAUAUGGAUCACAUAAGACCAACAUUUAUUCCUCUACUUUAGGCCUUGGUAGGUUCUUUACUUUGGCAGAACUUCAAGAAGCCACCAAGAACUUUGAUCCCAAUUCAAUAAUUGGUGUUGGUGGGUUUGGAAAUGUGUACCUUGGAGUGAUUGAUGAAGGGACUAAAGUAGCAGUUAAGAGAGGAAAUCCACAAUCUGAACAAGGCAUAACAGAAUUCCAAACAGAAAUUCAAAUGCUUUCAAAACUUAGACAUAGGCAUUUGGUUUCUUUGAUUGGGUACUGUGAUGAAAAUGCUGAAAUGAUCUUGGUAUAUGAGUUCAUGUCAAAUGGUCCAUUCAGAGAUCACUUAUAUGGAAAGGACAUAUCUCCAUUGUCAUGGAAGCAAAGGCUGGAGAUUUGUAUCGGGGCAGCUCGAGGUCUCCAUUACCUGCACACAGGAACAGCACAAGGAAUCAUUCACCGUGACGUCAAAACAACCAACAUUUUACUCGACGAAAACUUCACCGCGAAAGUUGCCGAUUUCGGAUUGUCGAAGGAUGCUCCAAUGGGGCAAGGACAUGUCAGUACAGCAGUGAAAGGAAGUUUUGGAUAUUUGGAUCCAGAGUACUUUAGGAGACAACAGUUAACAGAAAAAUCAGAUGUUUAUUCCUUUGGAGUUGUUCUGCUUGAGGCUUUGUGUGCAAGGCCAGCAAUCAACCCAUCUUUGACAAGAGAACAAGUGAACUUAGCUGAUUGGGCAAUGCAGUGUAAGAAAAAAGGGUGUUUGGAAAAGAUAAUGGAUCCACUUCUAGUUGGAGCUAUAAAUCCUGAGUCCAUGAAAAAGUUUGCAGAAGCAUCAGAGAAAUGUCUAGCUGAACAUGGUGUAGACAGGCCAAGCAUGGGGGAUGUAUUGUGGAAUUUGGAGUAUGCAUUACAACUACAAGAAGCUUUCUCACAAGGCAAAACUGAAGACGAAAACAAAGCUGCAAGUACGACGGCAACUGUCACCCCGGCCACACCUCCCGCUGUCGAAGCUUCGACAAAUGCAUCGAACUCCGACAACCGCUCUGUCGUGCAGCCAGAACAGAAUAGGCAACCAGCAGAGGUUCAAGCCAUUGAUGAUCAUUCAGGAAGUGCAAUGUUUGCUCAUUUUUCUAAUCUCAAUGGUAGAUGAUUUCAAAAUUUGAAGGGCCUUAUAGCAUACGUCAUAUGAAGAUUCAAAUUGGCUACUUGGCUGAGUUUGGAUAGGUUAAUCUGCAUUCAAUGUGUGUUCCUUAUAUUCUCUCUCUCUCUCUCUCUCUCUCUCUCUCUCUCUCCCCUCUUCCUUUUUUCUUUUUUUAUUUAUUUACGUGGGAGUGUCUGAUUGCUUGAGUCAGAAAGGCAACAACAAAAAGAAAGAAAAAAAAAAAAAGUUUGG